UGUGUGUGUGUGUGUGCGCGCGCGCGCGCGAGUGAGAGUAUGAAUGUGUGUGCGGUCGGGUGGGUGGUUCCAGGCCGCAUGUCAGUCUCAUAUCUUCCCCCGGUGUGUGUUUGUUCCCCAUCUCCGACCUGCAGCGCUGUUCUGCGAGGCGCGCGCAGCCACUGGGGGGGGUGUUCUCUGCAAACGGACCGAACGUCACCACCCCCCUCCACACACACACACACACACACCUACGGACACACGGCUCAGUGAAGCGUCGCUUCUCGUUUAAUUAACGCAAUUAGCGCACGCGGGGCGGUAGUGCGUGCGCUCGCUCGCUCGCUCUCUCUUUCUCGAACCGCCGCGAUACAAAGUAUCGAUUGAGGAAGCGGCGCGAGUGCGACGCGGGCGGCACUUUGAUCCAGCGCUCUUCGCUCAUAAACAGAUAAUUUCGCGUCUGUUUUUUUUGGUCGGCGCACGUCAUUUGUUUGCUGUUCCUGAUAAUUUGUGAAGAAGGAGUGUUUUUUUUCUUCUUCUUCUUCUUCUUUCCCACUCAACAAUCAGCGCGUCUGUGGAUGUUGGAAGGAAAUUAAGAGAGGAGCAGAUGGUCAGGUGGUGUGCUGUGGAGAAGUGAGGAUCUAGCUGGAUUUGGACCUUCUCUGGACCUCAUCUCUGUCUCUCCGCCCAGACGCCUCUCACCCGGGCUCAGUCUCUGCUCCAGUCGUCCUCCUCCUCCAUUCCCCAAGUGUCUCUCCUCCGCUCCGGUCCCGGUGAAGAUGUCCGGAGAGGCCGUCCUCAUACCGGACGACCGGGCGUUCAGCAGCUUCAGAAGCGAGUGCUGCACGAUGGAGGGAUGGAACCUGACCUACAACAAGAACGGCAUAACGGUGUGGAUCCAGAUCCUGGAGGAGGAGAAGUCCUUGCAUAAAAUCAAGUGUCAGAUGGUGUGCAAGGACGUCCCCGCGGAGACCAUGUACGACGUCCUCCACGACAUCGAGUACCGGAGGAAGUGGGACGCCAACGUGAUCGAGACCUUCGACAUCGGAAAGCUCACCGUCAACGCUGACGUGGGCUACUACUCGUGGAAGUGUCCGAAGCCGCUGAAGAACCGCGACGUCAUCACCCUGCGCUCCUGGCUGCCCAUGGGAAACGAUUACAUCAUCAUGAACUACUCCGUUAAGCACGCUAAAUACCCCCCGAAGAAGGACAUGGUGCGCGCCGUCUCCAUCCAGACGGGCUACCUGAUCCAGAGCAACGGACCCACGAGCUGCACCCUCACGUACCUGGCACAGGUGGACCCCAGAGGUUCGCUACCAAAGUGGGUCGUCAACAAGUCUUCCCAGUUUUUAGCUCCAAAAGCGAUGAAGAAGAUCAACAAGGCGUGUGUGAAGUACCCCGACUGGAAGCGGAAACACAACCCGGGCUACAAGCCGUGGCUGUAUCCGGAGCAGAACCGGCUCGCCAACAUCCCCCUCUCGGAGCUCAGCAUCCAGCACGCCGACUCCCUGGAGAACAUCGACGAGAGCGGCCUGAGCGAAGCCAAAGAGGAGCGGGGGGAGGGCAGCGAUGAGGAGGGGGCUAACUGAGGGCUGCAGUCACUCGCUCACCCUUUCUGCCACUGACACCACACACACACACACACACACACACACACACACACGCGCGCGCACUCUACUCAUCACACAUGUAUGAUAUAAACCCAGGAUGUCUUUCGGCUGGGCCUUCUGCUGCUUGACCACAAGUGCAGGGUGGAGCAGCGGGGGUCCCGACUUGUAAAUCGAUGCGUUCAUAGAGAUGCACUCUAGGGAAAUGCACGGGUUCAAGAACAGGGGCUGCAGGGUUGCCACCUUGGUUCCUUCUGGCACUGGGUUUGAAAGGCCUUCCUCUGAGCGCAUACACACAUACACACCCCCCCCUUCCCUAUACCAUGUGACUGCACGGUCCACACAGCACCCCCACCUGGGCAGAUCAGGGCAGUUUUCAUGUGUGAUGUGGGUUAUGUUCCAGGUGUUGCAAGUGGGGCCACCUGUCCAGUGAAUUCUUUUUCUGAGAUGAUCUCUUGUCAUCUGCGGGUGUCUCUCAGAAUUUAUUUUCCCGAGCGAAACGGCCAGUUUCUUUCCCCGUCGUCCUUCAUAGCCUGGAACACGGACUCAUUACCAGAGAUUUCAGCUUUUCCCCGAUUCCAUAAAGGCUCCGAUCUUUCAAACACAAGGGGUCACGGAGGUCAACAUGUGCUGCCAUGAAAACCAGUGCUGUUUCUAACAAACACAAGUCUGCUUUCUGUUAAAUGGAGUUGUAUGAAUGUAUGUUUAAAAAAAAAAAAAAAAAAAAAGGGAAGAAAGUUAAAAUACAAAUUACUUUGAAGGUUUUGAGAUUUCAUGUCUCAUUUCAUUUAUUCUGUGACUGUUUAUUAUCCUAGUUCAUAAUAAAGUGGUGUUAGUCGUGCAGGUUCAAAA